CAGUUCCAGUUUGCGCUGCCAGGGGGGCGCUGGAGCGCGUGGCUGCCGCUCUGCCCCUCUCACCGCUCACUCGUCUUUCAUUCCGGUCCUCCAGCACCGCAGCUCCCGUUUGCGCCGCUAAGGGGGCGCUGGCGCGCUCGGCCGCCACUCUGCCCCUCCCAAGCGCCUUACUCGCUCCCCUUUCCGUCCCGUCGUGCUCUGCGCGGCAAAGAUGGCGGCUCGCAGCGAUGGCCGCACGGUGCUGGUGCGGGGCCUCCCCGCCGCUGCCACCGCCGCGCAGCUCGAGAGCCUCUUCGGCGGCUUCGGGCCCCUGCGACGUUGCUUCGUGGUCACCGAGAAGGGCGCGCCGCGGUGCCGCGGGUUCGGCUACGUCACCUUCUCGCUGGCCGAGGACGCGGCGCGUGCCCUGCGCGCCCCCCCCGCCCUCGGUGGCCACCAACUCGCCCUCACGCUCGCCCGCCCGCGGCUACGGGCUGGGGGGGCCCAGACCCAAGGUUCCCCCAAAGCCACCACGGCCCCCCCGAAGCCGAAGAAGCCUCGAGGGGUAUCCAAGAAAGCCCGGCUGAUCGUGCGCAACCUCAGCUUCAAGUGCUCCGAGGCUGAGCUGAAGGAUUUGUUCUCCCCGUUUGGCUCUGUCCUGGAGGUGAACAUCCCCAAAAAGCCUGAUGGGAAAAUGCGAGGCUUUGCCUUCGUGCAGAUGAAAAACGUGCCCGAGGCGGCCCGGGCACUGCGAGGGCUCAACCUGAAGGAGAUUAAAGGGCGCCCCGUGGCUGUGGACUGGGCUGUGGCCAAGGACAAGUUCCGGGCAACGCAGGGUGAGGGGUUUGGGGGGGAAAGGGGUGGAGAGGGUGAGGAAGAGGGGGAGAAGGAGGAAGAGGAAGAAGAGGAAAAGGAAGAGGAAGAAGAGGAAAAGGAGGAGGAAAAAGAAGAGGAGGAGGAGGAAGAAGAAGAGGAGGAGGAGGAAGAAGGAGAAGAAAAGGAAAAACAGAAAGAAAAGGCAGCAGGGAAGGUGAAGAUGAAGAUGAGGACGAAGAUGAAGGCUCUCCCGUCGCGAGGCCGGAAGAGCAGUGAGGAAGAGGAGGAGGAGGAAGAGGAGGAGGAAGCAGCCAAAGAGGCUGACAGUGAGGAGGAAGAAGAAAAUGAGGAGGAAGAUGAGGAGGAAGAAGAGGAGGAAGAGGAUGGAGACGAGGAAGAGGAUGAGGAGGAAGAGGAAGGGGGGGCCGCGCCCCACAAGCAGCCGAGGACGGGGGGGGCGCAGCGCCCGUCCGACGUCAAGGAGGGGCGGACGCUCUUCAUCCGGAACCUCUCCUUUGAGACCGAAGAGGAGGCGCUGGGGGCGGCGCUGGAGCGUUUUGGGGCGCUCAGUUACGUCCGUGUGGUGCUGCACCCCGACACCGAGCACCCCAAGGGUUGUGCCUUCGCCCAGUUCCGCACGGGGGAAGCGGCGCAGGAGUGUCUGCGCGUGGCACAGGACCCGGAGGGCGCGGGGCUGCGCGUGGACGGGCGCCGACUGCGCGUGGACGUGGCGGUGACGCGCGAGGAGGCGCAGCGGCUGCGGCGAGAGGGGCGCCCGCGAUCGGGGGGCACCCGAAACCUGCACCUGGCGCGGGAGGGGCUGAUCCGGGCCGGCACGAAGGCUGCGGAGGGCGUCAGCGCCGCCGACAUGGCCAAGCGAGCGCGGUUUGAGGAGCUGAAGCACCAGAAGCUGCGGGACCCCAAUAUCUUCGUGUCGCGCACGCGGCUCUGCGUGCACAACCUGCCCAAGCGCGUCGACAGCGCCGCCCUGCGCCGCCUGCUGCGCCGCCUGCCCGCGGGGGGGGCCCCGCUGCACGUCAAGGAGUGCCGGGUGAUGCGGGAGCAGCGCGGGCAGGGGCCGUCGCUGGGCUUUGCCUUUGUGGAACUCGGGGCGCACGCCGAGGCACUCGCCGCCCUCCGCGCCCUCAACAACAACCCCAACCUCUUCGGGGCCAGCAAGCGCCCCAUCGUGGAGUUCUCCCUGGAGGACCGUCGCAAGCUGCGGCUCAAGGAGCAGCGGGCGCAGCGCAGCCUGCUGAAGCUGAAGCCGCAGCCCCCCGCGCCCGCUGCCCCCCCGCAGCCCCCCCAUACUCGGAGGCCCCCCGUCUCCUCCGAGGCCCCCCCGGGCCCCCCCCAAGCCACCCCCGGCACCCCGUGGUGCGGAUUCCGUACGGCGGCGCAGCCGGAGCGCGUCGAGCUGCCCGACGGCACCACGCGGCGCAAAGUGCUGCCGCUGCCCUCGCACCGCGGCGCCAAGAUCAGGAAGCGGGACAAGGGGAAGGUGAAGCCGCCGCCCCCCAAAAAGCCGAUGAAGGGGCGGCAGCGGCGGAAGGAGCAGCACCCGGCGCCCCCCCAAAAGGCCCGGCGGGGGGGGGCAGAGGCGCGGUUCAACGAACUGGUGGAGCGCUACAAGCGGCGGAUAUUGGGGGGCACCGAGGGUCCCCCCACCAAGAGGAGCAAAUGGUUCGAGGACUGAGCCCCCCCCUGGGCCCCCACCCAUGGGUGCCCCCCCCCCAAGAUCUGGGGGUGCCUCCAUCCUCCUCUCCCAGGGGUCUGGGACCCU